AUGGCUACUUCCACCACCUCACACAGACCCAUCAAGGGGAUCCUGAAAAACAAAGGCUCCACGGAUUCUUCGAAGGCGACCUCUGCCCAGCAGUCUGGAGGGCCUAGUGAAGUACAGACCAAAAAGUCUAACAGGUGGGACGAGUCAAAUAUCCGUGCCACAUGCCGCUCUGCAUACAGAGACUAUGAUUCAAUGAAGAUAAAUGAGCCCAACAUUCCUCAUCUCAGGUUUCAAGAUGGCAGAGAAAAUACCAUGCGUGAUUUAGAAACAAAAGACCAGACCGGAGACACCGCUAUAGAUACCUUAGCUAAGAAAUUAGCUGCCACUGAUCUCUCUGAGCCAAACUGUCUCAUGGGGGAGACAGAGAGCAAGGAGGCAUACAACACCAGAAUUUUCUUGGACAGACGAGAAAAACAGCGGCAGUUUGAAUUGAGAAGGAAGCUCCAUUACACCGAAGGACUGCACAUGAAAUUAGGUAGGGAAUUAAUUGCAAAAGAACUCCAAUGUGAAGAAAUGGAUGAUGAAAACGAAGAAAGCCCACCUGUUAUCAAUGAAGAGAUGACUGCGGCAGGAGAAUCAGACGAUGGCCCUGUAAACGAUGAACUGUAA